CACGUCUUUAACUAGAAAACCUCAUCGUCUUCUACACGACUGCAUUUCCUCCUCUCUCCCGCACAUCGCCGAUCCAGUGAGAGAGAGAGAGAGAGAGAGAGGAGCUCGGCAAUGGCGUCCACCACUGCGUUCUUCCCAUCCUUCCGUUUCCCAGUCCCUUCCAACGCCAAAGCUCGCCUUGCUUCGGCUCCGAGAAGUGGCACCAUCAGCUGCGGAUUUUCCAAUGGACGGGAACCUGAAGAACCUCCAGGUUUGAAGGAUGUCCAGAGGAUUCUCGAGGAGAAACGGCGUGCUGAGCUCGCCGCUCGCAUCGCUUCCGGCGAGUUCAGCGUUCCUCAAUCUAGGUUGAGAAGCGCCUUCAGAAGGCUUGGCCCGGUGGGGAAGUUCCUUGAUGAGAUGCUGGAGAGGUGGGUGGGAGUUGGUGACGCUCAGCGCCUGAAGAUCCCUCAAGCAAAAGGGUCUAUCGGUGCGGUUGGAGGGCAGGCUUUCUUCAUUCCUCUAUAUGAGCUCUUCAUCACUUAUGGUGGUAUCUUUCGCCUCACCUUUGGCCCCAAGUCCUUUCUUAUUGUUUCAGAUCCUGAAAUAGCUAAGCGCAUUUUGAGGGAUAAUGCCCAGGACUAUUCCAAGGGAAUCCUAGCGGAAAUCCUUGAGUUUGUGAUGGGGAAGGGCUUGAUCCCAGCUGACUAUGACGUUUGGAAAGUAAGGAGGAAAGCCAUUGUCCCAGCAUUACAUCAAAAGUAUGUAGCUAAAAUGAUAGGACUCUUUGGAAAAGCCUCAUACGGGCUUUGUGAGAAAUUAGAUAAAGCAGCUUCUGAUGGAGAGGACUCGGAAAUGGAGUCACUUUUCUCUCGGAUGACUUUGGAUGUCAUUGGCAAGGCUGUGUUUAAUUACAAUUUUGAUUCUCUUACACAUGACAAUGGGAUUAUUGAGGCAGUUUAUACCGUAUUGAGAGAAGCAGAAAUGCGGAGCACCUCACUUAUACCAACUUGGGAAAUUCCAAUAUGGAAAGAUAUCUCCCCAAGGCAGAAGAAGGCCAGUCAAGCUCUCAAGUUGGUGAAUGAUACCCUUGAUGACCUAAUCGCUAUCUGCAAGAGAAUGGUAGAGCAAGAGGAGUUGCAGUUUCAUGAGGAGUACAUGAAUGAGCAAGACCCUAGCAUUCUUCACUUUCUGUUGGCAUCCGGUGAUGAUGUGUCCAGCAAACAACUUCGUGAUGAUUUGAUGACAUUGCUUAUAGCAGGUCAUGAGACAUCAGCAGCAGUUUUAACAUGGACCUUUUAUCUUCUUUCUAAGAACCCACAUGUCAUGUCCAAGCUUCAGGAUGAGGUAGAUUCUGUCCUUGGUGAUCGUCUUCCCACUAUUGAAGACAUGAAGAAGCUGAAGUAUACCACUCGAGUUAUUAAUGAAUCAUUAAGGCUUUACCCACAGCCACCUGUCUUGAUUCGACGUUCUCUUGAUGAUGAUAUUCUCGGGGGUUUUCCUAUAAAAAGGGGAGAAGAUAUUUUCAUUUCUGUUUGGAAUCUCCACCGAAGUCCCAAACAUUGGACUGAUCCUGAUUGUUUUAAUCCUGAAAGAUGGCCUUUGGACGGACCAAAUCCAAAUGAGAUCAAUCAAAAUUUCAGUUAUUUGCCAUUCGGUGGUGGCCAACGGAAAUGCGUCGGUGACAUGUUUGCAACCUUUGAGACUGUGGUCGCAACUGCAAUGCUAGUGAGAAGAUUCAAUUUUCAGAUGGCCCUUGGAGCACCUCCUGUUGAGAUGACUACAGGAGCAACCAUCCACACAACAGAAGGCUUACUGAUGACCGUCACUCGGAGACCACAGCCACCGAUAAUUCCAAAGCUCGAAACCCGUACGCAGAUUGUAAAUGGCGAUGAAACUGUAACUCUUCAAGAGGAUCAGCAAGGUGAAGUGUCUGUAGCUCCACUCUAAUACCAAGAAGACGAUCCACUUAUAGUAAGUUUUGCAAAGCAGGUUAGUUGUCAAACUGUAUGGCAAUAAAGUUGUACAUCAAUGUAAAUGCUUGAACAACAAAUCAAUCCAUGAUUUUCAGAACAUUUGAAUGGUUCUUAUUGCAAGGA